GAUUCCAGAGUUAACCAUGAGAGUCAACGAACCACUCCCAGCGGUUACGAAGCGGGCACAUCGAGAAGUACCCCGGUCUCCUAUGAAGGGGACCGGCCACGGGUCACCCAGGCAACCUCCCGUCACGAGCAACUCAUGCAUCGCAGUAUAUAUGAAAACGCAUUGGCUAGAGGGUCACCGGUGUAUGUGGAUACCAGUGGAACUGUACGAGCAACCAACCCAUUUGAGCGUCCCAUGCCCCACAUGGAUCCAUCAGCAUUAUACCUGGCACACCAACAGCAACGGGAUUACAUGAAUCUGAUGGCCAGAUCAAGUCAGCCAGACACAACUUCCUUCAACAGCUCCAAGGAAACGCUAGCCGGUGAUUUUGCAACAGCAAAACAGAUGAGCAUGCGGACCUCCACAAUUGCAGGGGACUAUGCAACAGCCAAACAGAUGAGCCAACAGCAACAGCAACAGCAGCAACAACAACAGCAACAGCAGCAACAGCAGUUGCCGCAUCAACUGGUAGGCCAGCCAAUCACUCCACAGAUGGCACAGCAGAUCAGCCAAUCAGUGGCCCAGCGUGGCAGCCAGUUCCCACCAACCACCACCAAGGAUUCUAGACUGUCUCCUAGACGAGAGUCACCCAUGUCUAAGAACUUUCCUCCAGGACAGCAACAUGUCUUAGAUCCACAGAUCCAGCAACAGAUGCUGCAACAAUAUGCACAGAGUGGACAGAUUGUCUACCUGCCCUAUUUCCCCCCGGGUCAUUCCCACAUACUAGCUCAUCAGCACUACCCAGGGGGUAUCCCCUCCCCCCACCACCCCCACCCCUCCAUCAGUCCCCACACCACACAGGCACACCCGUCAUCCCAACACCCUGCCCACAGCGACCGACGCACAACCUCUCCAAUGCAGCAGCAGCAACAACAGCAGCAGCAGCAGCAGAGAGAAGUGACCUCACCGGCUGAACACUACGCCCAGCAGCAAGCCGUGAAUUUAUCCCACAGAUGGCCUGCGCCUCCAAGUGUGGGUGCCGUGCGCUUCAAGCUCCCACCCAGGGGUUCCAGCCCGGGUGCCCAUCCGGGCUCGGGGGUGCACCCUGUCACCCAUCCGGGUUCCUUCCCAUCAACAUGCUCCCAUCCUGCCACCGCUGCUCAUAGCAUCACCACAGUCCACCCAGCCUACUCCGCCCAUCUUCCCGGUGCCCAUAUGGUGGCUAGCAGCCACCCAGGAGCCCAUCACAUGAGAGGUACAAUGGGCGGGAGCAUCAUGACGGGGACACCCAUCAGGCCUCCACCCAGUAUCACCUCGGGAACGCCCAAUCCAGAGCUGAGGGAGGAAACGCCAAGAAGUCGAGCAGAAAGCACUUCAGGAUCUGGUGGUAGCAAGUCUCCUGGUGCAGCUAGUGGUUCGGAAGCUUUUCGCACACUUGUCCAUGUAGCUGCCUCAGCUGAAACACUUGGAACAGCACAGGAAAAAGAAGCAAGGAGACAGCAACAAGCCAUUCAUGAGAGUAGAGAGCGUGAUGCCAGCUCCUCUAGCGAAUCCCACGGCUAUCCACGACGACCCUACUCAACUGGUUCCAGCCACUCGGGUCCAAGCCAAAAGCGGUGGAUCUCUACGUCGUCUGAUAACCAGAUGGCCCAUCGGGAAGCUGCCCCGUCUGGAAGCAGUCGCUUGACGCCCAAGGGACGGGAAUCAGAGAGUAAAGAGAGGAAGGAGGAGGUCAGACACAAGGAGCAACAGCAGAGAAACCACAACAUGGAACGAGAAGCCUCAGCCAUCUUUGCUGCUCUCUUUGAGAAGGACAAGCAGUCAUCCCGGGUCUCAACUGAAGAGGACUCGGAGAGCUCCAGCCGCCCACUGACGGCGGCCAGUCUGAUUGAUGUGAUCAUCACACGCUCCAUCAACCAACCCAUGUUGGACAAUCAUGACCAAGGGACUGACUCGGACAGCGGUGAUGGGUUGUCUGUUGGACCGAGCGUGGCUUCCUCCAAAGAGAAGUCCAGCAAGAAUGUGUCCGACUCAGACUCGCUGCAGCCGGAGAAUGGAGACAGUAAUGCUGUACCCUCAUCGUCAACAGAGCGUUCUCCAAGUUCAGGAAAGGAUCCGAAGCAACAAGAGAAGGAGGCAUCUGGAGAACAGCAGGAGAGGCCUCAGGAAAGCCUGGUCCCGGUGACUUCACCAUCCCCACUACCCAUUACCCUGGCUGAACAUAUAGACACUAUCAUCUCCAUGGACUACAAUAAAUCUGACCAGGUGAGUCAGGCAUCUACAUCAGCAGCCACUUCUGCCACCGGAAGCUCAUCCUUGAAGCGAGAUCGUGUAAAGCCAUCAGGUGUGGAUACCACAGAAAGCCGGGAACAGGGACCAUCCUCUAGCUCUCCUCGUGCUAGAUACAGGACACCCGAUAGUGAAGUCGGAUCAACCAAUGAUGCAGCAAGGAGAAGCAACCCGGUUGCCUCAUCCCUGCAGAGUAUCCAUGGUGCUCGCAGCAGCAGCAGCAGUAGUAGUGACUGCAGAAUGAGGAAUUCGGGAUUGAUGUCUUACGGUGGGCCUGCGGAACCGAGUGUCAAUAGCUCCAAAGAAGGUAGUCCAAGAAGCAGGGCUGCCUCCACAGCUUCUGAUAUAUCAAGUGCUUCUGCAUCCCCAGCCAGUGCCAGACCGGACAGCUACUCGAACAGGGUUUCCUCCCAGUGGGGUUCACGUAAGGACCAAGAAGCGACAUCUGCUGGUAGGGUCUCAAGGAGCUCAUCGGAACAGAGUCGAGAGGCUUCACCAGUCAGUGUCAGUGAUAUGACUCCAUCUGCUGUGUCUUGGCAGAGGAAGUAUCAACAGGAAGGUAACGGAGCCGACAGCAGUGAGAAUGCUACCAGAGGAUCCCAGCCACGAUUCAGGGUCCACAGCUCUCAGUCAACCUCCCCACACCAGCCAGAAAGCUGGGGAAUGGCUGAUUCCAACCGGCCACCAUCUCGAGGUAGACGCAGGGACUCACCAAAGACCAUUGUGGAGCCUGGGUCAAGCUCCUCUUCUGUGCUGGAUGCAGCCUCAAGCAGCGAAGACAGAUCUCGUUUUACUCCUGGUCCUGUAGAGAGUGGAGUCAGCGAUAGCCAACGGCAGCUCAGCAGCAGCCAAUCAGGCCUCAAGUCCAGAUCAGAAGCUGAGAGCUCCCGCAGCAACAACCCAGCUCCCCAGAGCACCUCUCAUGAGUACAACUCAGAUAGUCCUCUGCAACCUGCUGAUAGUAUGUCCCAAAUGAGACAGUCUGUGAUGGGUACAGCCCAAUCAGUGGUGAAUAGAUCUCCAAAGAAUGGACAACCUAGCAUGCUUCCAAGCAGCAGUCAAGGUAGACAGCCUCAGAGGAAGGACACUGGCUUGUUCCGGUUUGAUCUCCAGAAGUCCAUCGACCGUAUGAUUGAAUCUCAAGUGAGGAUGGAGACACCAUCCAGGAUGGACCAGCAGGUCAGAAUGGAUGAUUAUGUGACGCGGCUUGUGGAGGCUGAGAUGUCUAGCUCCCGGUCUUCUCCACAGCGCUGCGAUAGCAGAGAGAGCACCAGCACGGCCGAGUCUGGUGCCCUGGAGGUGGAUGAAAGCCGACUGUCUGAUGUCUCAGACUUGGACAAUCACGAGGCAGAAUCAGUCCAGCAACCAAAUGUCUCACAGCAGCGUCCUAGAGGUUCAAGCCCGAGACUGCCUUCCCGAGAUAACAGGGAUGGGGAAGCAGCUCCAAGUUCAACACCUGUUGAUGGUGCUGCAAGGCUGAGUGUGGGCUCUUCAAGUGGAAUUGGUAGUAACAGGGCAUCAGGUGUUAUCUCUCCAAAUAUAGCCGCACAGCCUCAGCUCGAUCCCUCUAACCAACCCAGCCAAUCAGUACCCACUUCCUCACCAUCCCCUGUCUCUCACCAGGGUUUCCCAUCCUCGGGCACCGGGCAGGCAGGGAACCAGUUUGCAUAUUCAGCCUUAUCGUUCAGAUCAGCGGCAGGAGUAGCCCCUGCUGCCUCCUCCUCUACAACAAGCUCCGCCCAGAACCAUCUAGCCAAUGUUCAUCUCAGGAUCCCCUCCCCCCACCUUGGACCCGCUAGGGGGCCAUCACCAGUCCCUGGUCCAGGAAUAGCUGGUGUUCGUGAGAGGGAACCAGCACCUUUGCUGUCCUCUCAGUACGAGACCUUAUCAGAUAGUGAUUAACCUAGAUAAGUAGGAGAUUACAAAUAGUGUUGUUUGUUAAGUUGUAGUCGUUAUUAUUGAUUAUUGGAAUCAACAACUUGGUAAUUAAUAUUGAUCUCCAAAGCUUACGGACAACCUAAGACUGAAGUAUGUUUAUUUUAUGUUUCUUUUGUCAACUUUCUUACUCAUAUGCACAUCUUUGUGAUAAAAGAUGGACUGACUUUUUUAAACCAUGCAAAAAAUACUCUCUACAGAAGUACAUGUACCAUUCGUGGUGAGAUGUCUGUUUACAGACACAUGGUUACAGGUUAUUUGCAGAAAAAUCUUUAUUUGAUCAGAUUUAAUAUGCCGCUAAACAAGUUUGCCCUGUUUUAUUGCAGAUUUACCAUAUUUGUAAUAACCAUCGCUGUACAAGAAUGCGUUUCUUUGGGCUAAAAACAAAACGACUAAACAAAACCAUUGAUUAAAAUUAAGAAUCUAGCUUUAUUUUGAUCUUGAAAAUGAAAAUAUGAUGCCAGUGUUUCGUGAAAAAUUCUGUUAACCUUUGAUUGUUACCCUCUCCUUGAGGAAAAAAAAUGUCCAAGACAUUUUGUCAUUCAUUUGUAAUUUUGUUUUAGUUUUACUGUAGGAAAAAAAACUGUUAAAACAGUCAAACAUGUUUUUAUUUAGACUUUUAGUUGUGUG